UUUUGCGUCGCGCUGACAUCUACUGCCUUUUUCUGCUGCGCAUAUGUACUGUGUUAGUGGUUUGCAUUUUGGUGUUAUGCUUUUCAUUUCACAUCAAAAUACGUGAAUAAAUGACGAAUAUGCCGAAAUCUGUACCCGCAAGGUGGCUGGAUUAUAAACCUUUCGGGACGAUAAUAAAUGGUACAAAAAUUCUGCCGUUCAAAGUACCGCUGAAGGAGACUGUGUGUAACAAUUUGGAACCAGAACAACGAUUUACAACGUCGAUACUGGUGCAAGCGUUUCCGCGUCUCAAGUGUAUCGUAGACCUGACAAACACAGAUCGUUACUAUCACGGAAAGGAAUUCACAAGCCGUGGCAUCAGGUACGAGAAGAUUUGGGUCCGUGGGCGGGAAGUUCCCUCUAUGAAUGAGGUGAAAAAAUUCUUUAAAUUGAUGGAUGAUUUUUUAUCUACUAGUGCUGAAGAAGACAUUAUUGGUGUUCACUGCACACACGGUAUAAAUCGUUCUGGGUACCUUAUUUGUAGAUAUCUUGUGCAACAAUUAGGGUGGGACCCUGAGGAGUGUAUAAAAACGAAUAGAACGCCUGGUGGAAGUAGAUUACCACCAGGUCCACCGUCUCGGUUACCCAAACCAAAAAUGCCACCACCUCCUCCACCGCCGCCAUCUAGGUUGCGCCCAACUGUAUUAAGACGCCUCCAGACGCAAAAGCGCAAGCAGCAUAUAAGAAACAGUAUCGUGACGUUGAUUAAAAAUCGUUCUUCAAUUUUUAAACAAGACAGUCAGUCAAGUAGAUCAUUGCCAAAGCUACUGAAAGAACAAGAUUUCACAGUGGACACUUUCGAAGAGAAUUUACUGGCCAUUUCGGGCCACCCGCACAGACGACCGACGAAAGGGAGGUUUAGUCAAGCCAAGUGACGAUAUGUUGUUUAGGAGGCAUGAGAUUAAACGGACAAUGUCUCGUGUAAAUUGCCAUCGUCGAGAUUCGGGAAAUCUUGAUAGCUUAAUUGCGAAGGACAGACAGUUGGAAAACUAGAUAACUAUGACUGCUGACUAGUAUGAUAAUGAAACUUGCUUCGAUGUACAAGCUGGAGUUUGAAGUGGAAAGUGUGUGCUACGAUUGGUCAGAGUGCGAUUCGUGCCCCUCCUUCAGGUCCUUUUUCGUCCGUUCGCGUUCCUUGACACUAUUUUAAGAAUUAUAUUCAUCUUUAACAGAAUAAAGACAUUUUGUCGGUGA